AUGGAGGUCUCAGGUUCGAGGUCAGGGAGGACGACGGAGCUCCGGUCGACGAGGCAGUUGAGAGAUCAGGAGACGGAAAGUAGGCCCGACCCGAUCAAACCGCGGGCCGACCCGACUGACCCCGAGUUCAAAUUGCCGGGUCGCAGGGUGCCCGUGGUGUACUAUCUCUCUAGAAACGGGCAGCUCGAGCAUCCCCAUUUCAUGGAGGUUCCUCUUUCCUCCCCGCACGGUCUGCUUCUCAGAGACGUCUUCAGCCGCCUGAAUGUUCUUCGCGGCAAAGGAAUGGCGGCCAUGUAUUCCUGGUCUUGCAAACGGAGCUACAGGAACGGAUUCGUGUGGCACGAUUUGCAGGAGGACGACGUCAUCUUUCCGGCUCACGGCAACGAGUACGUCCUCAAAGGCUCGGAGCUCCCGGCCGGCGAAUUCCCAGAAACAAACGAGCAUAUGCCGCCGCCGCUGCAGCCUCCGGCGGCGGACAGACGACGCCGCAACCAGUCGUGCAGCUCCAUCGACCUAACCAACAUCCAAGAGUACGGCGUCCCCAAGGCCCAACCCACCGCCGACGUGUCCACCCAGACGGACGACGGCCGACGGAGGCGGCGCCACCCGCCGGUCGACGAGAUCGAGGUGUCGGUCUCCCCACCGCCGUCCGACUCGUCGAGCCCCGAGACACUUGAGACGCUGAUGAAAUCGGAAGCCGCCAAGCGGCCGGCAGCGGCGGCGGCCGCAACCGCCGCCAGGGAGGAUCAGUCGACGGCCAGCAGCAACACCCAAAAGGCGGCUAAGUCGGUUCUGAUGCAGCUGAUCUCGUGCGGGUCGACCUCGUGUGGGGCCGGGCAGGGUUCAGGAAUGGGGCUGAUAUCGCAGUACAAGAUGCGGGUCCCACGUGGGAGGCCGAAGCUUGAGGAUAAGGAGUUUUUCAGCGGGGGCUUGGUGGUGGAGCACACGAGGAAAGAGGAAAUUCCGAGCUUGAAGAGGUCAACCUCUUACACAGCCGGUCGCUGA